GAUUGGCUCAGAGAGGGGAGGCGAGCCUCCAGGGUUAGGUGAAGGAGAGAGAAAAGGACAGCGCCAUUUCCAGCUUCCCUUCAGUGAUGGCUCUGCCUCUUAAGGUCUUGAGUCGGGGCUUGGCCAGUGCAGCUAAAGGAGACCAUGGAGGGGCAGGAGCCAACACCUGGCGCUUCCUGACCUUUGUGCUGGCUCUGCCCAGCGUGGCCCUCUGCACCUUCAACUGCUGGAUGCACGCUGGCCACCGAGAGCGCCCGGAGUUCAUCCCCUACCACCACCUCCGCAUCCGCACCAAGCCCUUCGCCUGGGGGGACGGCAACCACACACUUUUCCACAAUCCGCACGUCAAUGCUUUGCCCACUGGCUACGAGGACUCCUGAAGUCUUAGCCCACAUGUCUUAGCCACAUGCUCUUCCACACCCUCCGAAUGGACCUUUUGCAUACCAGCUAAGAGCCCUCCCACGCCCCCGAAAGGUCCCAGCGGAUAGUCUCAAGUGCAAUAAAGGUGUGGAACCUUU